GCCGGAUGGUGCUGUCCCAGGGGACGUCCUGGUUCUGACUAAACCUCUGGGGACGCAGGUGGCUGUGAACGCUCACCAGUGGCUGGAUCAGCCUGAACGGUGGAACAAGAUCAAGUUGGUCGUCACCAGAGAGGAAGUAAAAGAGGCCUAUCAGGAAGCCAUGUUCUCCAUGGCAACGCUAAACCGCACAGCGGCCGGCCUGAUGCACAAGUUCCAGGCUCACGCUGCGACAGACGUGACAGGUUUUGGGCUGCUGGGGCACGCCAACAACCUGGCAGCGCAACAACGCAACGAGGUGGCCUUCGUCAUCCACAACCUACCAAUCAUAGCCAAGAUGGCUGCCAUCAGUAAAGCCUGUGGAAACCUGUUCAACCUCGUGCAGGGCACUUCAGCAGAGACUUCCG